AUGCGACAUCUUUUCCGUUCUCGAUUGCGCCCUGUCCGGGCUGCGCUUGCGCUCCGGCCAUGCAAGACAUACACAUUACCUCCACGAUCGGCUCCGGGCCUCCUCUCCUACGCUACUGCAACCACUGCGACGUCGAUAUCUAAGAAGCUUGAUCUACCCGCUAUAGACAAGAAAUGGCAGGCGAUAUGGCAGAACGACUCAUCGAUCCGGGUCCCCGCUGGCGCUGCUGAGGAUACCACUGCGGGAACGGUUGGUGAAAAGCCCAAGUCGUAUAUCCUUUCCAUGUUUCCCUAUCCGUCUGGGACGCUGCAUAUGGGACAUCUGCGGGUAUAUACAAUAUCGGAUGUGCUGGCGAGGUUCUAUCGAAUGCGUGGGCAUGAUGUUCUGCACCCAAUGGGUUGGGAUGGCUUUGGCUUGCCGGCGGAGAAUGCCGCUAUUCAGCAUGGCGUUUCUCCUGCGGGCUGGACGACGGAGAAUAUUGCUAGGAUGAAGGAGCAGUUACGGAGUAUUUCGACGACAUUUAAUUGGGAGCGGGAGCUUGCGACUUGCGCGCCGGAGUUUUACGAGCAUACACAACGAAUAUUCCUGAUGCUAUACGAGAAGGGCCUCGCAUAUCAGGCGGAAGCAAUGGUCAACUACGACCCAGUUGACAAGACGGUACUGGCGAACGAACAAGUCGACGCGAAUGGUUGCUCUUGGCGAUCUGGCGCCAAGGUCGAGAAGAAGAAGCUUAGACAGUGGUUCUUCCGCAUUACUGCCUUCAAAGAACAACUCCUGAACGAUCUCGACUCUCUUUCCGACGAUUGGCCCGAGCGGGUGCUGAUCCAGCAGCGGAACUGGCUAGGGAAAUCUUAUGGCGCGAAGAUCAAAUUUCCUCUUGUCAUCGAUGGCAGCGACAGCAAGGACCUCGAUCUGCAUGUUUUCACGACUCGUCCGGACACGCUUUACGGAGCAGAGUACCUGGCGCUCGCGUUGGAUCAUCCUCUUGUCCUGGAUGCGGCCAAAAAGGAUGCGGCCUUGCGAAAAUUCUUAGACGAAGCGGCGAUGCUUCCAGCAGACUCUAAAGUUGGGUAUAAACUGCCUAGUCUCAGUGCCACAAAUCCUCUGCGUGUGAUCGAUAAAGACACCCCUCACCUCGCUCGUUCGCUGCCCGUGUAUGUGGCGCCGUACGUCCUCAGCGACUAUGGGGAGGGCGCGGUGAUGGGAGUUCCUGGUCAUGACUCGAGAGACUUUUCGUUUUUCAAGAAAAACGCAAAUCCCGACUCGAUUCCUGUCAUCCUGAGCGCCACAAAGGAGUCUGCAACCAGUACCGAUGCAGACGCAAGUGACAUCUCCAUCAACGAGGCCCGGCCUUUCACACACGAAGGAUUCUUGACCACAAAAUGCGGGAAAUACCAGGGCCUCCAUUCUCGCGAAGCGGGCAAAAUGAUUACGAACGACCUUAAAGCUACUGACCACGCUGACUUUGUCGAGCAAUGGAGGCUCAGGGAUUGGUUGAUUAGCCGUCAGCGGUACUGGGGAAGCCCAAUUCCCAUUAUCUAUUGCGACGAUUGCGGUCCCCAGCCUGUUCCUGUGAGCGAUCUCCCGGUGAAGCUGCCCGAGUUGAAGGGCGACUGGUUGAGAGAGAAGCGAGGAAGCCCUUUGGAAUCCGAUCAGGUGUGGAUGGCCACCAAGUGCCCAAGUUGCGGGAGCAUGGCAAGGCGUGACACAGAUACCAUGGACACAUUCGUUGAUUCCUCUUGGUACUACCUCCGUUUUCUAGACUCAGCAAACAAACAGCAGCCUUUCUCACCAUCGGUGGCGCGGCCAGUCGAUGUGUAUGUCGGGGGUGUUGAACACGCAAUCCUGCAUCUGCUCUACUCUCGCUUCAUUUACAAAUUUCUUGCCCAAUCGGAUUUAUUCCCGGAGAUUGCUCGAACUGCAGAGUUAGCUGCACCACCGGAGCCCUUCAAGACCCUUCUAACCCAGGGCAUGGUUCACGGCAGGACGUUCACGGAACCGUCUACGGGUCGGUUUCUGCUUCCUGACGAGCUCGAUACUUCCAAUCCGGACAAGCCUGUUAUCAAAAAGUCAGGUGAAACACCGGGUGUGUCGUGGGAGAAAAUGUCGAAAAGCAAACACAAUGGCGUAGACCCAACGACGUGUGUCUCAAAAUACGGUGCCGAUGCCACACGCGCCCAUGUAAUUUUCUCGGCGCCCGUCAGCGAGGUUCUCGAGUGGGAUGAGACAAAGAUCGUUGGUAUCGAGCGCUGGUUCAGCCGACUCUGGAAGCUUGUUGUUGACGCAGAGCAAACCCUAACCUCGUCUUCGUACAAGGUGAAAAGGGCCGAUUUAGUAGCAGCAACUGCGAAACCUGCAAGCCUGGAACCAUUGCAAAGUUUGAGUGACAGUGACGCGGAGGCUAUGCUUACCACCCAUCGGACCGUCUGCUCCGUUACAAAUUGCCUUGAGAAGAACCCCUAUGGACUCAACACAGUCAUCUCUGACUUGACAAAACUGACCAACUCGCUCCUAUCCUCCACUCCCACUUCCCCGCAUGUCCUUUAUCUCUCCGUCUCCUCCCUGUUGCGCCUUUUAGCCCCUGUGGCUCCAGCAUUGUCGUCAGAGUCCUGGGAAAUCCUCCAUUCCUCCGUCCUUGCAGAGCAGCCGGACCUUGAUCGCAAAGCUUUGACAGUAUUCGACUGUCCUUGGCCAUCGCCUCCUCUAACGACAGAACAAGCCGAUAUUUUGGCAGCGCGCGGAGGUCAGGUUGUAGCGGUUCAGAUAAAUGGCAAGCUGCGAUUCACCAUAACUAUUCCAAGAAUGCUCUCACCGACGACCUCGGAGUCUGGCUCAACGGAGCAGGACUAUAUCAUCAGCCGCAUUCUGGAAACCGAAGAAGGACGUCUCUGGUUGCGGGAAAGGAACGACUGGGAGAAACGGAGAAGGGUGAUUGUAGUGAAGGGGGGAAAGCUGGUAAACAUUGUCUUCUGA